CCCGACCAACGUGUGGUGACAUCGGUAUGAGACUUAAUUCACAAAGAUCUUGAACUGCUUCAUUCUUUUUAUCUUCAGAUUGAUAAUUCAAUGCAGAAUCUUUCAACAAAUGUUACGCAAGGGUAUUAUUCGCGUAACACCAAAAUCUGGGAGAUCAUAGAGGAUGAUCCUGAGGAUAUCAUGUCUGCUUCUCUCCAGACUCUUUACGACCAUGUCCCAGUAUUUCACUCCACCCCCGGAUCGAUAUUUACUUACACGAUAAAACGUGACGGAGGAGGCUCAGCAUUAAGACAGAUCACCCUCCAGAUACCAGACACACAAGCAAGCAAUUGGUCUUUGCAUGCCUCAUCCAUCUGGCAAUCCUCCCUUCAUAUUGCGGAUCACAUUGAAUAUCUGCAGUUAGAUCGCUUCAGCGAUCGAAAGAUAUUGCGUGUUCUAGAGCUAGGCGCCGGCGCUGGGUUGCCUUCGAUCAUGAUCGCACGGACUACGCCAAAUGCUGUUGUUGUAGCCAGUGAUUAUCCGGACGAAAACCUCAUAUGCACACUAUCUGAUAACGUUCGUCGCAAUAAUGCUUCAGAACGCUGCCGGACUGUCCCUUACGCUUGGGGCAGCGAUAUAUCCCCACUCCUCACACCCGCCCAGCAGAACUCUGAAGGUUCUGCGCUCUUUGAUAUCAUCGUCGCAGCUGAUACGCUGUGGAAUCCUGAGACCCACGUUCAGUUUAUCAACACGCUUUGCAUGUGUCUCGAUCGCAGCCCAGACGCUCGCGUACAUCUCGUCGCUGGUCUACACACGGGAAGAUACACCCUUCAAUCAUUCAUGAAUGCUGUUGUGAUGCACAAACUUCAAGUAGAAAGAGUGAUAGAGAGCGAAGUUAUAGAUGGCAUUCAAAGGCCAUGGGAUGUCACACGCGCCGAGAGUGAGGAUGAAAGGGAGAGACGAAAGUGGGUAGUCUGGAUGGUCCUGAAAUGGGCAUAAAAUAACGAGAUUCACAAUGUAAAGUACAAUCUAGUCGUGUCUAAACUCAAUACUAUGAGUACAGCUGG